CACUAUUUGAUUUACUAAACAAACUGAUAAGAGGCCUUCUACGUGCUUUCGCAAUUAUACAAGGACAUAUUAUAGUCAACACAAGUUUGAAAUACACGGAUAUAUAAAAUGUGAAAUGAAGCUCGAUGACUUUUGACGGAAGAUGCAUGCAUUUUUCAUCUUUCUGUUGAUUGGCUGUCUAUAUGAUGUAACGGCACCAGCACCAGCGCCCUCUGGAGUUCAUAUUCUGGACGGACUGUGUCUCCCUAAGCGCACAGACCGUUUGCUCUACCGGAACAGGAACGACACCCAUAUUUACAUCGCGUUUGACAUUCUGAAAAAGGGCGUUGUCGACGUUUACUCAUGGAAGGUUUUGAAAUCGACUAAAGGGACGUUUAUUUCCCCGGAAGUAAUUGAGGAGACGGAGCUGGCGAUCGACUUUCGGAAGCGCGUCAACAGGGACCACAUAGUUGGCGCCUGUGGGAAACGUCACCAGAAGACGUUCAAGCACCGGAUGGUGCGGAAGAUGGAGCACUGUAAGGAGAUCCAUAAGCGGAAAGGGAAGUACUGCAAGGUGAAGUCUGUUUCCGGUGUAUACGUAAGGAUGAAAAUACGUAACGUUAAGUUCGACGUGAAAGAAGAGGACUGUAGUAACAAUUUCUCCUAAGGCAAUGUCGGUGUGUGCGCCGUAACCUGGACAUGUCGUUUUCAACAAGAGUGCAUUGUUUUUUGUUCUAUAUAUUUGUUAGAUGUAAUUCGUGUAGUUACGCAAUAAAUUGUACAGGUCACUAA